AUGACGGGCAACUCCCUCACCUUGGAGAAGGGGGUGUUCCUCCCCAGGAGGGUGAUGGUGCUGCCCUUGUACCGGCCAUCCGUGAAGACGAAGUUCAUGGCCAUGAUCAGCCCCAGCUCUCUCUGCGACGCCGACACGUACAGCCCUUGUGCCCUCCCCACCAGCCUGGAGCUCAUCUCCUGCCCUUCCGUCAGCGGGUCGUCCAUCACGUACGCCGCGCCAAAGAACGUCGCCGAGGCGUUCGUCCUCGCCGCCCGCGCGAUCUGCACGACGGUGGGGCUGCGCCCGCUGACGAUGUCGUGA